ACAGAAGACUGGGGCUUGGUCUUGAAGUUUUCAGAUGCAUCUGUAGAUGAAUCAUAACAGCACCAAGAUGUCGGGACGAUCAGGCCGAGCCGAGACCCGAAGUCGGGCUAAAGACGACAUUAAAAAGGUUCUGGCAGCCAUCGAGAAAGUGCGGAAAUGGGAGAAGAAAUGGGUUACAGUUGGAGACACAUCUUUACGUAUUUUCAAGUGGGUUCCAGUAACGGAGACAAAGCAGAUAUUUCGCACCAAAUCCACUAGUGGAGAGGUCCGGGGUCUCAAAGAUGUAGUGAUUGAAAACACCAACUCAAUGCUGGAUUUCACCGAUGAAAACAGCAACCAGAGCUUUCUGUCGGACGUUUAUCAGCCAAAACUUGACAACAGCAGCAGCACGUCGAGCUCGCAGCACGUCAGCCCUCCACAUACCUACAGCCUGCGGGCUGAAGACUCUCAGCCUCCCAUGCUCGGACAGGAGACGGUCGACGAACCAGUUCAUUCAGGUCGGGAGGGUGCAGACGAGCCGCCGACGCUCAUCAAGGAGGACCCACUUACAUCUGGAACUGCCAGGCGGAGAACUCCAGACACUCAGGAUGAAUUAGAUGAAUCGGGAGCACCACCUUUAAAGAGGAUUUGCACAGGGGAAAAUAAUGGCUUGAGAUAGCUUAUUUUCCCCCCUUAUUCGUUCUAUCCAAAUGGACAACUUACUUGUUCUUGGUUGAUGUAAGAUUAGCAAAGCUUUCAGAAAAUUUCUGGUUCCGAUAUUACAUUUCAGCAAUUAGGGAAAAUGAUUUUGCUUUUUUAUGUUUAGUAUUUAGUGUUUUGUUGUUUGGUUUGAUUUGUUUUUAAUUGAAUGAAGACAGUUUUUUAAAGUUUUAUAUGUACGCAGCUCUAGGUAUCUCACUUCAGAUGCUGUAAACAUUGAAUUUUCUAAGUUGUACUUUAGUUAGACUUUUGCUAUUCUUAUGAACAUACUGGCUAGCCUUUUUUUGUUUCAUGUGUAGCUUUAUGCAGAUUGAUGUUUAAAUGUAACCUUAAGUUUUUAAUUUGAUGUUUCUUGUGAUAAAUCUUAUGGUUUGUUUCAUUCAAGAAUAAAGUGAUUUUUAAAAAAUCAAUAGUUUGCGUUUUAAAAAUUAUUAAUAUGUUCUGUAAACAAUCCUGAGUGGUAUAGUUCCCCCCCUUGGAUGUAAUCUAUUCAUGGCCACUGGUGCUUUAAAUGAAGAAACAUUAUCAGUUGUGUUUGGUUUAAGUUUUAAAUGCAUUUCCAGAAGUUGAUGACUUUAAUUUUGAUGAUGAAGUAAAAGAUUAUAUUUCA